AAACUAAUAUAUGUCCAAAAAUAUAUAUGUACCGCUGGUUUAGCUUUUGUUUUUCUUUUUCUUUUUUUUUUUUUUUUUGGUGAAUUGGUUUAGCUUUUGUUGAAAAGAUUAAGAAAGCAAAAAAGUCACAUUGAUUCCAAGUUUGCUCACAGUGUCUGUCUCGCUAAGUAAGGGCUAUAACAGUUCUUCAAGGCUUGGGUUUCUUCUUUGUUUUGGUCUCUGAAAUAUCUGCCUUAGCCAGUAUUGCAACCUUUCUAACCGGUGGCGUUUUUGUUCUGCCUGUCUCUUUGUAUGUUUUUAUUCAAGUCUGCGCUAAGUUUAAGCAACCUUGUCUUUUUUGAGAUCUUUUUCUCUUGCUUGUUACCCAAUUUAAAACUUAUCCACCAUCCCCAUUCUUCAGUUUUUAUUGUGGUCUGAAUUGCGAAGAGGCUUUCUGUAAGGAGGGCAUGCUGGUUUGUUUUCUGAGAAGAUAUGAAAGGAAAAAAGGGACUUGGGUUUUUGGAGUCUCAUUUUGCUGAGAAAAAAAAGGAAUACAUGAAGUGGGAAGUAUACAUGCGGGUCUUUACUGGGUUGGUGUUGAUUUUCACGGCUCCUUAUUGUGCUGGACUUACUGACCCGCAAGAUGUUAUGGCGAUAAAUAACUUAUAUGUGAGUCUAGGCUACCCACCGCUUCAAGGGUGGCUUCUUGUUGGAGGAGACCCAUGUGUGGAUUUGUGGCAAGGUGUUGAAUGUGUCUUUUCAAACAUAACAGCAAUAAAACUUAGUAAUGCAAAUUUGGGAGGAGUAUUGGGCGAUAGCUUACAAUUCUUUGGAUCCGUCAUAGAAAUAGAUUUGAGCAACAAUCAUAUUGGAGGGAGUAUUCCAUCUGCUUUACCCGUGACCCUCAGGAUCCUUUCUCUUUCUGCUAAUAAUCUCACUGGAAGCAUCCCACCUUCAUUGUCUACGUUAACUCAGUUAUUAGAUCUGUCAUUACACAAUAACAAUCUCAGUGGAGGAAUACCAGAUGCCUUUCGGCAGCUUAAUGUUUUGACGAAUUUGGAUCUGUCAACUAACAAUUUAAGUGGUCAAUUGCCUCCUUCUUUAGGAAAUUUGUCAUCUCUGACAACAUUGCACUUGCAGGACAACAAGCUUUCUGGUUUUCUUGAUGUCUUGCAGGCUCUUCCCCUACAGGAUCUGGACAUUACAAACAAUGUUUUCUCUGGGCCUAUACCUGCUAAAUUGCUGACAAUUCCGACUUUUAGAAAAGAUGGAAAUCCCUUCAACACUACUCCAAUCCUACCACCUCAGGCAGCCCCCCCUCAAUCUGUAGCCUGGGCCCCUUCUCCUGGAGGACGACUGUGGAGACACAUGAACGGGCCUUCAUCCUCAAGGACAGCAACUUCUGAAGAAGCUAGGAAGUUUUUUACAUCUAAGACGAUCACUUGGAUUUCUGUUGCUGGGGUUUCAGUAGUUAUUGCUUUAUUACUGUGCCUUUUAUUGUCAAGAUGCUGCAGAGCAAAAAAGAAGGAUGAGAACUCUAAGAAGCAUUAUAUUGAUGCCCAUGAGGAUUCUAGCGUGAGGCCUAAAUAUGGUGAAUCUGCACUCCAGCAAAGUAAUCAAAUGGAGACCGCAGUUCCAAAUGAGGCAAUUGUGAAGCCACUUGAUAGAAAUGGACUGAACAAAAGAAGAAUGGGUACAAUACCAAAGCUACACGAUGAACAUGCAAUAGAUAUGAGAAGAAUUGAUGAAAAUUCAGUGUAUAAAAGGGAUCAUGAAACAGACAUGACAGACAUGAAUGAAGAAAUAUUGCCACCGCCACCUCCACCUGCACCAUUGCCCGUGCACAAGGCCAUUUUGAAUCCAGUAACUACAAGUAGACGUCCAGUGAACAGCAUCAACUCAAGUGCUGCUAAAGCCUUCACUGUUGCUGCUCUACAGCAACAUACAAAUAGCUUCUCCCAAGAAAAUUUUAUAGGUGCAGGCGUGCUUGGAAGUGUUUACAGAGCUGAGCUUCCUGAUGGAAAAGUUCUGGCUGUCAAGAAACUGGAAAAUACAGCUUUUAGGCAACAAAGUGAUGAGGAUUUUUUUGAACUAGUGUCUAAUAUCUCUAAACUUCGACAUCCUAAUGUUGUGGAACUUGUUGGUUACUGUUCUGAGCAUGGCCAAAGGCUGCUUGUAUAUGAGUAUUGCAUCAAUGGUUCACUACAUGAUGCUUUACACAUUGACGAUGAAAUCCAUCAGAAACUUUCAUGGAAUGGGCGGAUCCGGGUUGCACUUGGAGCUGCAAGAGCCCUAGAGUAUUUGCAUGAGGUCUGUCAGCCACCUGUUGUGCACCGGAAUUUCAAGUCUGCCAAUCUACUCCUUGAUGAGAAGCUUGAAAUACAUGUUUCAGAUUGUGGUUUGGCUCCUGUACUGUCAUCUGCCUCAGUGAGUCAGAUGUCUGGAAGCCUCCUUAAUGCUUAUGGUUAUGGUGCUCCAGAAUUUGAUUCAGGGACUUAUACUUACCAGAGUGAUGUGUAUAGUUUCGGUGUUGUAUUGUUAGAACUCCUUACAGGGCGGAAGUCCUACGACAGGUCACAGCCUCGUGGAGAGCAAUAUUUGGUUAGAUGGGCUGUCCCUAAACUUCAUGAUAUUGAUUCACUAUCAAGGAUGGUUGAUCCCUCUCUACAUGGAGCAUAUCCUAAGAAGUCAUUGUCACGUUUUGCUGAUAUAAUUUCCUCAUGUCUACAGCGAGAGCCAGAAUUCAGGCCACCAAUUUCUGAAAUUGUCCAGGAGCUCUUACAAAUGAUUUAGAGGAAGACCUGAAGCAAUCAGUCAGACAAGCAUCUUUGUUUAGGAAACGAGCAUGAGAGGUGUCGGCUUUGGUGACCCUGGAAAUUUUGUAUAUUACAUAUUUGAGGGGGAAUCUUUCUGGGUGAGCAGCAUACCCAAAGCCUCUUCUUAACGUAACCAUUAGUUACAGUUUGUGCUAAUACCAUUUGUUUAGUCUCUAUUCUUUCUGGAUAAUGUUUGCAGAUAUAUUUUUGUUGUGUAAAAAUAUAUGCCUUCGAUUUUGUGUUC